UAAUUUAGUGACAAUUGAUGAUGGCUAUCCACAAAAGAGUAACCAUCCCCCUCCUCACAUAUCUCAGAGGAAAUACAUCUCUAAGCUAUCUGUAAAAGAAUUCUGUGCCAGUAUUUGGGCGAUGUGUUCCACAGCCGUUCUAAGAAUUUCAGAAUGUUUUAUCAAGCCUCUGGCAUCCACUGCGGAGUCAAACCAUAUCUGCAAUUUAACAUCUUGGGAUAUUGCUAUGUUGUCUAUGCAAUACAUCCAGAAGGGUCUCCUCUUCAACAAGCCACACAACCAACAAGAUUUCAUUGAGAAUCUGUUGGAUAAGCUCAAGCACUCCCUUUAUCUCGCUCUUAACCAUUUCUAUCCAUUGGCCGGUCGCCUUGUUACCCAAAAAACGCAAGACCCUCCCUCUUACGUUGUUUUCGUUGAUUGCAGUAACAGUUCUGGAGCUAGAUUUAUCUAUGCAACUUUGGACAUGACCAUAUCCGACAUCCUCUCCCCCGUUUACGUUCCACCGAUUGUUCAGUCAUUGUUUGAUCUCGACAGAGCAAUCAACCAUGAUGGUCACACCAUGCCCUUGUUAGCCGUCCAAGUUACUGAACUAAUUGAUGGUGUUUUCGUAGGUUGUUCCAUGAACCACACUAUUGCUGAUGGGACUUCUUUUUGGAAUUUCUUCAAUGCAUGGUCUGAGAUCUUUCAAGCCCAAGGGCAGCAUGGGGAUAUUGAUGUUCCCAUUUCACGCCAACCCAUUCACAAUCGCUGGUUUCCAGAGGGUUGCGGUCAACUGGUCAAUCUUCCUUUCAAACAUCAUGAUGAGUUUAUUAUAAGAUUUGAAGCACCCAAGCUCAGAGAGAGAAUCUUCCACUUUUCAUCUGAGUCUAUAGCAAUACUGAAAGCAAAGGCCAACUCAGAGUCCAAUAGCACUGAAAUCUCUUCAUUCCAAUCAUUAUCAGCACAUGUUUGGAGAUCCAUAACUCGCGCGCGUUGCCUACCAUAUAAUCAGAGAACCAGUUGCAAUUUGGCCAUAAACAAUCGAUCAAGAAUGGAACCGCCUCUGCCUGACGAGUACUUUGGAAACUCAAUUAAUGUGGUGAAUGAAGGGACAACAGCGGGGGAAUUGAUUGAACAUGAUCUAGGAUGGGCAGCAUGGAAGGUGCACCUGGCUGUUGCAAACCAUAACGACAAAAUGGUGAGACACAAGGUCAAAGAGUGGUUACAAUCUCCUCUUGUCUACCAACUUGGUCUGCACUUUGAUCCGUUCAGUGUUACCAUGUCAAGUUCACCGAGGUUCAACAUGUACGGCAAUGAAUUUGGAAUGGGAAAAGCGGUAGCAGUUUUGAGUGGAUGUGCCAACAAAUUUGAUGGGAGCGUGACAGCAUACCAAGGAUAUGAAGGAGGGGGAAGCAUAGAUUUGGAAGUGUCCCUUUCAUCUGAUGCAAUGAGAGCAUUGGAAUUGGAUAAGGAGUUCAUGAAGGCAGUUUCUGUGCCCAAUCCCGUGUACUAGUUUGCUAAUGUGCCUUAAUUUUACUUGACCAAGUUGAACGGGGUCAUCCUUAAAAUAAGAUAAUAAUAAUACAUAUUCCAUUGGAUGCAGAAAGCUAUUUCAAACAGAAUGUAAUUCAAGCUUACUCAAAGCUUUUAGUUACUUAUAUCAUUUUUACUAUUGGAUGAAACAUCCCAAGUAUUAAGAUUUUCUGCCACUGAAUUGCAGCUCAAAAUUCCA